AUGAAAACGGCUGCAGAAGUCAGAGCGGUGAAAUCUCAUAUUCACCACUCUACUAGCACCGCGUCCGAGAUCAAUCUGCUUCUCGAGGAAUCUCAAAAAAUGCCCUUUACUACCCGUAUCACCAGAACUAGAGUUUCAGACCCUGGAAGGAUCAAGGUAACGACUUACGAUGUAACAACUGAUCCCAGGGAACACCUGCAAGCUUUCCAGAUCACAAUGGGGAGAGCCAAAUUCAGAGAAAGCGAAAGAGAAGCCGGCGAAUGCCGCCUCUUCGUUGAAAACCUCCAAGAAGCAGCGCUCGAAUGGUUCUCUCGCCUAAAGCGGAAUUCCAUCGGAAGCUUUCGCAAACUCGCCUUGGAGUUUCUCAAGCAGUACUAUAUGUUCAUAGACCGAGAAACCUCCGAUGUCGAUCUUUGGAGCAUGUCCCAAGGAGAGGACGAACCUCUCCGCGACUUCAUAAAACGAUUUAAGAUUGUCAUGGCUAGAGUCAGUGGAAUAAGAGACAAAGUUGCAGUAGACACACUCCGUAAAACGCUCUGGUACAAGUCAAAGUUCAAGAAGUGGAUAACCUUGGAUAAGCCGCGUACGAUCCAGGACGCGCUCCAUAAGGCCAUGGACUACAUAACCAUCAAAGAAGAGACGAAAGUCUUAUCGCAAAAGCAGAAGCUCACGAAAACUUCAUUGAAGGAUCCUGGGUCGGAUCAGAAAUCUAAAAGAAGAAACCCUCGUAACGACAAAAACGUCCAUCACGAGGAAGAGGAGACCCAGGGAGCGCAUAACUACGUUAUCAAUUCCGGACCAGAGCAAGGCCGGACGACGGGAACUACAUGGACUCUCAUAAUCCAAAUUACGAUGAGAACGCCUUUUGUGACUUUCAUCAGGCCCGCUGCCAUUCGACCUCUGUCCUCCAAGAACGAUAAAGCCCCUCAAAUCGAGAACUCUCUCCGAGAGAACCAAUCAGGAGAAAAGAGCGGGAGAAGGCAGGACGAGAAGAGCAAUGACAAUAGUCGCCGCAGAGUCAAUAUGAUCAUCGAAGGAUCGCAGUACUGCAGCGAUACCAUCUCUGCCAUCAAAGCUUAUGAGCGCAAGGCUGAGACAAGCGCAAAUUCGCUAACCUUGUAUGCGCCUAGCAACUUCCCGAAAGGAGUGAUCACUUUCGAUGAAGAAGAGGCCGGCGGGAUCGAUCAGCCCCACUGCGACCCGCUCGUGAUCGAUCUCGUGAUAAAAGAUCUUGAGGUCGCAAGAGUUCUCAUCGACAUAGGUAGCACGGUCAAUGUCAUCUUCCGUGACACUCCUAAAAGAAUGAACGUCGUGCUAGGAGAAGUCGUACCAUCCCCCAAGCCGCUAACCGGUUUCGAGGGCACGACAUCUAUGACUCUCGGAUCGAUCAAACUACCCUUUGCGGCGAAAGAAGUCACGAAGAUCGUCGAUUUCGCAGUCGUUGACCACCCGGCCAUCUACAACGUCAUCAUGGGCACACCUUGGCUGAACGCCAUGAAAGCAGUCCAGUCGACUUAUCACUUAGGCAUCAAAUUCCCGACUCAUAACGGAAUUGCCGCAAUCUGGGGAUCCUAG